AUGAAGCCUUCCGCUGCCAUUUUUGCCAUCCUCUCCAGCGUCUCCCUUGCAGUCGCAGGAGAAAUUGGAGGGCCAAAGGAGGAAGAAAAGCUUUCAAGGGGACCACUUCCCCUUCACCAGCUCCCCGAAUGCUGGCAGGGCUGUCUACAAAGCGAGAAUCACUGGUACCGACCCGACAUCAACAAAGUCAGCGUCUACUACUUCUGCGUAGACCCGCUAUUCGAUACCCGCUUUUGGUCUCUGCACGCCCUUGCUACAUGCACGUAUGGCGCUUGCAGUAAAGCAGAGCACUACGUAGCGCAAGACUGGUACUUUGAGAUCUGCCAGAUGAACUGA